CAUCAGGAUGAGUUUUACCUUAAAACCUUUGUUACAUGAAAAUAAAGGAUGGAAUGCGCUGAUCUAACUAUAGUGCGAUUGAUAGAUAAAACCAAAAAGGUGGCUGUUAAGAAAAGCUUUACUGUACUUGAAUCUUUCGUUUUGCUAAUACAUAGAGGAUUCAGGUAGUCUCAGGCGUGGAACAAACUAAGUCGACACAGAAUGAAAUUGGCUGUGACAGUUCUCGUUUUCUGGAUGGUUUUGUGCUUGAACAGAAAAUGGUCUGUUGCAUCUAUGACGACAAUCUCGAAGUCAAACACAAUGACAUCAUUAACACCACCAAUAAUAUCGGAAACAGCAGCAGUGAGCAUUCCAGGCUUUGGGGAGACAUGUUCUCCAAGUGUAGGAUGUGCGCCAAACGAAGGGUUGAGGUGUGACGCAGUGGCCACGACGUGCGCUUGUGAUGUGGAUUACUUCGAAGCAGACGAUCACUGCAUAGCACAACCUGGAUCCGUGAGAAAUUUAACAACUGUAAAUUCAACAAGUACUGGAUUUACCGUCACGUGGUUGGCCCCUGAACAUCCGAAUGGAGUGAUACUUGGAUAUAAAAUCAUUGUUAACAAUUCUGCUACAAGAGUGUGGACUUUGAAUUUGACUUGCCAAGACGUGAAUGAUACGGAAGUACGGGGCAACGAUAUUCUGUCUAUUCGUUGUGAAACUAAUGCGGAAUCAUUUAUGAAGCAUACAAUAUGGAAUUUAGUCCCGUUUGAACUCUUCAGUGUCACUGUAGCAGCUUACAACGAGACUGGGCUUGGGAAUUCUUCAACAAUAACGGCUAACACUACUAUUGGAGAACCGAAAGUUCCGACUUCAUUUGCUGCUGAAUUGGUGAAUGGUUCUAAAUUUCAUCUGGAAUGGACACCAGCACUUCCCUAUCCAGGACCAACAAAGUUCUAUAUUGAAAUCUGUCAGGAAACAGAAAGAGGUAGUGGGAUUUUCACUAACUGUUGGAACAUCACAGUACCAGAUGAAGAGACAUCUCACGACGAAACCCUACAACAUGGAUGUAACUACAAGUUUAAGCUGUUUGUCAGCACUGAGGCAGGAAUUGCAGAAACUAACAGUACGGCGGUUAUUAAGACCAAAGACUCCAAAUCUGGACUCGUGAGAAAUUUAACAGUUGUAAAUUCAACAAGUACUGGAUUUACCGUCAGGUGGUUGGCCCCUAUGCAUCCGAAUGGAGUGAUACUUAGAUAUGAAAUCACAGUUAACUACUCUACUACAAGAGUUUUGACUUUGAAUUUGACUUGUCAAAAGGAAGAUGAUUCAGAAGACAACGAGAUUGAGUCUAUACAGUGUGAAACUAAUAUGGAAUCAUAUAUGGACUAUACAAUAUCGAAUUUAGUUCCAUUUAAAAACUUCAGUGUGACCAUUGCAGCAUACAACGAUGUUGGAGUUGGGAAAUCUUCAAUAAUAACGUCUAUGACUGCUGUCGGAAAACCGAAAACUCCAACUUCGUUUGGUGCUGAUGUAAUAGAUGCCUCUACAGUUCGCCUGACAUGGACUCCAGCAUCGCCCUAUCCAGGACCGACAAACUACUCUGUCCUGGUGUGGCAUGAAACACACAAAAACAGUGGCGUCUUCACCAAUGAAAAGAAUACUACAUCAACAGCAACCAUUUGCACUAUCACGAAUCUGCUGCAUGGGUGGAGGUACAAGUUUACAUUGUUUGCGGAAACCGAGGCGGGAAAAUCACCAUUUAGGAACUCAACAGUUGUGACGACUUUAGAAUCCAUUUCAGCUCCUGUUUCCACUCACAAAUCCACAGUUGCUAUUGUCCUUUGCGCAAUUGGUGGGAUUCUAGCCGUUGUAUUCAUCGCUAUUGCAGUGUGGCACUACAAGGCCCGAGACAGGCGACAGUUACUAAAGGAGAAUGAAAGCGAUGAAGAAACUGAGGCAGAGGAUGCAGUUGAUCUCACCCGACCAAUUAAGAUGUCAGACUUCAGCCGAAUACUGAAAGAACUUCAUAAAGACAGUAAUUUACUGUUCAAGAAGCAGUAUUUGGAACUCGAAGAAAAUAGUCCCGAGAUGUCACAUGAGAUGGCUAGUCUACUGUGUAACCGGACGAAGAACAGAUACAUUAACAUUUUAGCGUAUGACCACAGUCUUGUAAAACUGGUGUCAUUAAAUGAGGAUGGCUGUUCCGGUUAUAUCAAUGCCAAUUUUAUUCCCGGUUAUAACUCGCCCAGGGAGUACAUUGCUACACAGGGCCCAAAUAUCUCGACCAUCGACGAUUUCUGGCGGAUGAUUUGGGAAAAAAAGGUUCCAGUUAUUGUCAUGCUCACUGAAAUCAUGGACGAAAUGAUGCCCAAAUGUGCUUUGUAUUGGCCUGAAGACCAGUAUGUUCCAACUGAGUAUGCAAACAUCAUGGUUACUUUGAUGACUAGGAGAAAAUUUCCCACCUACACCCUGAAGACCUUCAAACUGUGUUUGAUGGGAACUGAACGAACUGUGAAGCAUUUCUUCAUACAUGACUGGCAAGACUUUGACGCCAAUCUCAAUAUAUGUGAUGUGGUAAAUUUCAUCUGUGACGUCAGACAAGCGCGUCCAUCAGACAACGAAUCUGGUCCAACGGUUGUACACUGCAGUGCUGGUGUUGGAAGAAGUGGGACGUUCAUUGCGCUGGACUACUUCAUACAGUUUAUAGAGAAGCACAGUUUGGAGGACAAUAUCGACAUAUUCCAGUUUGUACUCAAGAUGAGGAGAAACCGACCUCUCAUGGUGCAGUCGGAGACCCAGUAUAUAUUUAUACACGACACGCUGGAGGUCUUGAUCAAACAAAAGUUAGUCGACGAAGAAGGACAGUGCAACGGGAUGUUUAAUACAGCAUCAUACGACAAGAAGGCAUUUGCUGGAGAGGACGACAACAUUAAUGUACAAAUUCACUUUUAAAAGUGUCUGUAUCAAGCAGCCCAUUUGAGUUGACAAGGACUGGAGAAAAUAGCCACACCCCGUUAGCAGCCACGCCGUACGUUUAAAGACGUGUAUCAAAGAAACGGAAAUAACAAAAUCAUAAUAUAUACAAAAAAACUAAAGAUAAGGGAAUGGAGUGUACGUGUGUCCGUCCAUGCGUGCGUGUGUGCGUGCGUGUGUGCGUGCAUGCGUGUGUAUAUGUGUGUGUGGGCCCAUACGUAAAUUAAUUAUUAAAAUAGCAACAGAUUCAAAAGUGUAAGUAAAACGACGCUCACUGCACUUACUGACCACCUGUCUGGCAUCGAAUUUGUCACCACACACACACAUGCACACACGCAUGCACACACGCAAAUGCGCAUGCAUAUGCGCCAGUAUCACACAACUAUUUCAGCCAAUGAGCGAAUACAGUUCCAUUGAAAAUAGUGAACCUUGUCUUUAUUUUAUUGUGAUGAAAUCACAACUGACUGUUAAGAUUUCCCAGUGUUAAAACGGUGAUCAGACCAAGUCCCUUAAUCAUGGUGUAAAAACUGGAUUGAUUCCUGCAUGUAGCACCGAAUUACCUGUUUACCAUGUUAAACAAGAGUUGCUUCCCUUCUCAGACUCCUCGAAGUAAAGAGUGGUAAUAAUUCAAGCUCCAGGGUCCCGGUCCACAAAGCGAUCUUAGCCUUAAGAUCACCAUAAGUGCAUAGCUACCUUAUGCACUUAUGGUGAUCUUAGUGCUAAGAUCGCUUCGUGGAACGGGACCCAGGUGGCGAAGUUGGUGGUUGUUUUGUUUGUUUCGUUUGUUUGGGGUUUAUUUUUCUUUCUUUUUUUUUUUUUUCUUUUUUUUUUUUUGGGGGGGGGGGGGCGUGGUAUCUUGUACUGAAGAACGUGACGUCCCACGUUGGAAUGAAGGGGUUAUAUUACACCUUACAUUAAUAUUUAAGGGAUAAGUUACAUCCAACAUUGAAAUGAGGAGGAUACGUGACGUCACACGUGAAAAUCAGUGGAUAUGUGACGUCUCACAUUACAAUCAAGGGGUAUGUGAUGUCUCGCAAUUUAAUCAAGGGGGUACGUGACGUCUCGCAUUAAAAUCAAGGGGGUACGUCACAUUAAAACAUUUGGGUAGAAAUAUCUCUGUUAACAAAGUGAAAUGAGUACUAUAUUUAUAUUGCGUUUUAUUUUUGCUUUAAUUUUAGUGAUUUCGAUAAUGUAUCUCCUUAAAUCCGAUCAACUCUAUAUUCAAUAAACAUUCAAGCAUGCUGUCCUGGGCACAUAUGGACUGUCUGUCCAGGACAUGGUGCUGUAGCAUAUAAGCAUAUAAUACCAACUGAAUUCAUUUAGCAGCUACCCAGUAACUUUGAUAGGCCCUGUGUACAAUACACACAGUGCCAAAUGGAUGAUCCGACUCUGGAGUGUUGUCUUAUUGGUUCUUAUGUUUGAAACACUUUAACUCAUUAAAUCGAUUAAUUUCAUGUUGGACUUUUACUUAUUGUCUAAAUAUUAUGAAAAUAAAAAUUGCAUCAUA